AUGAAAAGUGAUACUGGGGGGGCAAAACCUGGACGUCAGAAAGCUGACUUUGAAAAACUCCAAAACUUGGGAAUUAACCCAGCGAACAUUGGAUUCAGCACCCUAACAAUGGAAUCUGAUAAAUUCAUCUGCAUCAGAGAGAAAGUAGGGGAACAAGCACAGGUCGUGAUAAUUGAUAUGAGUGAUCCGACUACACCCAUCAGACGUCCAAUUUCUGCAGAAAGUGCCAUCAUGAAUCCUGCUUCUAAAGUCAUUGCUCUGAAAGAUGCAGGGAAGACACUUCAGAUCUUUAACAUUGAGAUGAAAAGUAAAAUGAAAGCCCAUACUAUGGCAGAGGAAGUGAUCUUCUGGAAAUGGAUAUCGGUAAACACAGUUGCCUUGGUGACAGAGACAGCAGUCUUUCAUUGGAGCAUGGAGGGAGAAUCUCAGCCCCAAAAGAUGUUUGACAGGCAUGCUAGUCUUGCAGGCUGCCAAAUCAUCAACUACAGGACAGAUGAACACCAAAAAUGGCUACUCCUAAUAGGAAUUUCAGCCCAGCAAAAUCGUGUGGUUGGUGCAAUGCAGUUGUACUCAGUUGAUAGGAAGGUUUCCCAACCUAUAGAGGGUCAUGCAGCAGCCUUUGCAGAAUUCAAAAUUGAAGGAAACUCCAAGCCUUCCACGCUCUUCUGUUUCGCUGUACGGAGCCCUGCAGGAGGCAAGCUGCAUAUAAUAGAAGUAGGUCAACCUGCUACUGGAAACCAGCCCUUUGUAAAGAAAGCUGUUGAUGUGUUUUUCCCUCCUGAGGCUCAGACAGACUUCCCUGUGGCAAUGCAGAUUGGAACUAAGCAUGGCGUUAUCUACCUGAUUACAAAGUAUGGAUACAUUCACAUGUAUGACUUGGAAUCUGGAGUGUGUAUUUACAUGAACCGUAUUAGUGCUGACACAAUCUUUGUAACUGCUCCUCAUGAACCUUCCUCUGGCAUUAUUGGUGUGAAUAAAAAAGGACAGGUGCUUUCAGUUUGUGUUGAAGAAGAUAACAUUGUGAACUAUGCUACUAACGUUCUCCAGAAUCCAGACCUGGGUCUGCGUAUGGCUAUCCGCAGUAACCUGGCUGGGGCCGAGGAACUAUUUGCCAGAAAGUUCAAUACACUCUUUGCACAAGGAAGCUAUGCAGAAGCUGCUAAAGUGGCAGCAUCUGCACCAAAGGGAAUCCUGCGUACCAGUGAUACUAUCAGGAAGUUCCAGAGUGUACCAGCCCAGCCUGGGCAGGCCUCUCCCUUGCUGCAGUACUUUGGUAUCUUGCUUGAUCAAGGACAACUUAACAAAUUUGAAUCUUUAGAACUCUGCCGUCCUGUCCUGCAACAAGGGCGCAAGCAGCUCCUGGAGAAAUGGCUGAAGGAAGAUAAGCUGGAGUGCUCUGAGGAACUAGGAGACCUGGUGAAGACAGCUGAUCCGACCCUUGCACUCAGUGUUUACCUUCGUGCUAAUGUGCCAAACAAAGUCAUUCAGUGCUUUGCAGAAACUGGUCAAUUCCAGAAAAUAGUGCUCUAUGCCAAAAAGGUUGGAUAUACGCCGGACUGGAUCUUCUUGUUGAGAAGCGUGAUGAGAGUCAGCCCAGAACAGGGACUACAGUUCUCUCAGAUGUUGGUGCAGGAUGAGGAGCCCCUGGCUAAUAUUAACCAGAUCGUAGAUGUAUUCAUGGAGAACAGUCUCAUUCAGCAGUGCACUUCCUUCUUGUUGGAUGCUUUGAAGAAUAAUCGCCCUGCUGAAGGACACCUUCAGACACGUCUGUUGGAAAUGAAUCUGAUUCAUGCACCACAGGUUGCAGAUGCCAUCCUUGGAAACCAGAUGUUUACACUCUAUGAUCGUGCUCAUAUUGCCCAGUUAUGUGAAAAGGCAGGCUUGCUACAGAGAGCAUUGGAGCACUACACUGAUCUUUAUGAUAUAAAACGAGCUGUAGUUCAUACUCACCUCUUAAACCCUGAGUGGCUUGUAAACUUCUUUGGCUCUCUGUCAGUUGAGGACUCUGUGGAAUGUCUGCGUGCUAUGCUAUCAGCCAACAUCCGACAAAACCUACAGCUCUGUGUGCAAGUAGCUUCUAAAUACCAUGAGCAGCUUGGCACCCAGUCUCUCGUGGAGCUUUUUGAAUCUUUUAAAAGUUAUGAAGGAUUGUUUUAUUUCCUGGGCUCUAUUGUGAACUUCAGCCAGGAUCCAGAUGUCCACUUCAAAUAUAUCCAGGCAGCCUGCAAGACGGGUCAAAUUAAGGAGGUAGAAAGGAUCUGCCGUGAAAGUAACUGCUAUAACCCUGAACGAGUGAAGAAUUUUCUCAAGGAGGCCAAGCUCACAGACCAGCUUCCUCUGAUCAUUGUUUGUGAUAGAUUUGACUUUGUUCAUGACCUGGUUCUCUACUUAUACCGCAACAACCUGCAGAAGUACAUAGAGAUCUAUGUUCAGAAGGUGAAUCCAAGCCGUAUACCAGCAGUGAUUGGAGGGCUUCUUGAUGUGGAUUGUUCUGAAGAUGUUAUUAAGAACUUGAUCAUGGUGGUUCGAGGCCAGUUCUCAACUGAUGAGCUGGUAGCUGAAGUGGAAAAAAGAAAUAGGCUUAAGUUGCUGCUGCCAUGGCUGGAAUCUAGAAUUCAUGAAGGCUGUGAAGAACCUGCCACCCACAAUGCUCUGGCUAAAAUCUACAUUGACAGUAACAAUAAUCCUGAGCGGUUUCUCCGGGAGAACCCAUACUAUGACAGCUGUGUUGUAGGCAAAUACUGUGAAAAAAGGGACCCUCAUUUGGCCUGUGUUGCUUAUGAGAGGGGGCAGUGUGACCUUGAACUCAUCAAGGUUUGCAAUGAGAACUCCUUGUUCAAGAGUGAGGCUCGCUAUUUGGUACGCAGAAAGGAUCCAGAACUUUGGGCAAAUGUCCUUGAGGAAAACAGUCCAUUCAGGCGACAGCUCAUUGAUCAGGUUGUCCAGACAGCCUUAUCUGAAACGCAGGAUCCUGAAGAGGUUUCUGUUACUGUGAAAGCUUUCAUGACUGCUGAUCUGCCCAAUGAACUAAUUGAGCUUCUUGAGAAGAUAGUCUUGGACAACUCUGUGUUCAGCGAGCAUAGGAACCUGCAGAAUCUUCUGAUCCUGACUGCCAUUAAAGCUGAUCGCACUCGUGUAAUGGAGUAUAUCAAUCGUCUGGAUAACUAUGAUGCCCCAGAUAUUGCAAACAUAGCCAUCAGUAAUGAGCUAUAUGAAGAAGCCUUUGCUAUCUUCAGGAAAUUUGAUGUUAAUACUUCUGCAAUACAGGUGCUGAUAGAGCACAUUGGCAACCUGGACCGUGCCUAUGAAUUUGCAGAGAGAUGUAAUGAACCAGCUGUAUGGAGCCAACUGGCUAGAGCACAGCUCCAGAAGGACUUGGUGAAGGAAGCCAUUGACUCCUAUAUCAAGGCUGAUGAUCCCUCUGCUUACAUGGAAGUUGUUCAAGCAGCUAGUAGAAACAGUAACUGGGAGGAUCUGGUUAAAUUCUUGCAAAUGGCCAGAAAAAAGGCCAGAGAGUCCUAUGUAGAGACUGAACUUAUCUUUGCUUUGGCAAAAACCAACCGCCUCUCAGAGCUGGAAGAGUUUGUGAGUGGCCCUAACAAUGCCCACAUUCAGCAGGUUGGAGAUCGCUGCUAUGAGGAGGGAAUGUAUGAUGCAGCAAAGCUGCUCUACAACAAUGUAUCUAACUUUGCCCGCCUGGCAUCUACCUUGGUGCAUCUUGGAGAGUACCAGGCAGCAGUAGACAGUGGCCGCAAAGCCAACAGCACCAGGACCUGGAAGGAGGUGUGCUUUGCCUGUGUGGAUGGAAAGGAGUUCCGCCUUGCACAGAUAUGCGGCUUGCACAUAGUAAUCCAUGCAGAUGAACUUGAAGAGCUGAUUAGCUAUUAUCAGGAUCGCGGCUACUUUGAAGAACUGAUCGCCCUCUUGGAAGCUGCUUUGGGCCUGGAGCGUGCUCACAUGGGAAUGUUCACAGAACUUGCUAUCUUGUACUCCAAAUUCAAACCUCAGAAGAUGAGGGAACAUCUGGAGCUCUUCUGGUCCAGAGUCAACAUUCCAAAGGUGCUCAGAGCUGCAGAACAAGCUCACCUCUGGGGAGAACUGGUCUUCCUUUAUGACAAGUAUGAAGAGUAUGACAAUGCAAUAAUUACAAUGAUGAACCAUCCCACUGAUGCCUGGAAAGAAGGGCAGUUCAAAGACAUAAUUGCUAAGGUGGCCAAUGUGGAGCUGUAUUACAAAGCCCUGCAGUUCUAUUUGGACUACAAACCUCUGUUGAUCAAUGAUCUUCUGCUGGUAUUAUCUCCACGGCUGGAUCAUACCAGGACAGUCAGCUUUUUCUCAAAGGUUAAUCAGCUGCCUCUAGUUAAGCCUUACCUGCGUUCAGUCCAGAACCACAACAACAAAGGAGUCAAUGAGGCUCUAAACAAUCUCCUGACAGAGGAGGAGGAUUAUCAGGGCUUGAGAGCAUCUAUUGAUGCAUAUGAUAACUUUGAUAACAUCACACUAGCUCAGCGCUUGGAGAAACAUGAAUUGAUUGAAUUUAGGCGUAUCGCAGCCUACUUGUACAAAGGUAAUAAUCGUUGGAAACAGAGUGUGGAGCUCUGCAAGAAGGAUCGUCUCUACAAGGAUGCCAUGCAGUAUGCUGCAGAGUCCAAAGAUGCAGAGCUGGCAGAGAAACUGCUCCAGUGGUUCCUGGAGGAAGGCAAACAGGAGUGUUUUGCAGCAUCUCUCUUCGCAUGCUAUGACUUGCUGCACCCAGAUGUGGUCCUUGAGCUGGCAUGGAGGCAUAACAUCAUGGACUUUGCAAUGCCUUAUUUCAUCCAGGUGAUGAGGGAGUACCUUACCAAAGUUGAUGGGCUGUUUAAUAAGGUGGAUAAACUUGAUGCUUCUGAAAGCCUAAGGAAAGAAGAGGAACAAGUAGCUGAACCCACUCCAAUAGUAUUUGGCCAGCAGCUAAUGUUAACAGCAGGCCCCAGUGCAGUACCUCCCCAGGCCAACUUCCAGUAUGGAUACACAGCUCCAGGAUUCACCCAGCCGCCUGUUUAUGGUUUCAAUAUGUAA